AUGACACCUGAAGAAGCAGAAGAGAUCAUACAGAACGCAACUCAAACCGCAGCCACCGACGAUGACGCCCAAGCCCCACCCAGCAAAGAGGCGAUUGCUGCCGCUAUCGAGGCACUGCCAGUCCCGGAAGCGGAGCAGAAGUCCUUGAAGCAUCAUCUGCUAGGUCCGUCCGUCACCAAAGCUGGUCAGGAUGGAGUCGAUCUGAAGAAGGUCUCAGAGAUCAUUUACGAUGCAUCCAAAGGCUCAAAAUUCUUCAACAAUGAAGAGAAAAAGGAUGGCAAUUUGACUGAGAAGAUCGAGAAGAUCUUCAAGAACAAGGCACAUCUAGAGACUCUAGAUCUCAAACAUGACCUCCGCAGAGCCGACGACUACAUCGCCACCCUCGAGCUGUCCCGAGACUUGUCACAAUAUGUCGUUCACAUCGACUGUGAUGCUUUCUACGCCGCCGUCGAGGAGAUUGAUCGGCCAGAGCUGAAAAACGUGCCCAUGGCUGUUGGCGUCGGGGUUCUGACGACAUGCAACUACGAAGCCCGCAAGUACGGUUGCAGAAGUGCGAUGGCUGGAUUCGUUGCAAAGAAGCUGUGUCCACAACUGAUCUGUGUGCCCUUGAACUUCGAGAAGUACACGGCCAAAGCAAGAGAGGUCAGAGCCAUCUUGGCGGAGUACGAUCCACGAUAUGAAAGUUCGAGCAUCGACGAGGCCUAUAUGAACAUCACCGACUACUGCGACAGGCAUCACAUGGAACCAGAAGAGGCCAUUCAGCAGCUCCGAGAUGAAGUCAAGGACAAGUGCAAGAUCACUAUCUCUGCCGGUAUUGCGCCAAAUGCCAAGAUUGCGAAGAUAUGUUCUAAUCAGAACAAACCUAAUGGCCAGUUUCGUGUUCCUAAUGACCGUGCUGCUAUCAUGGCAUUCAUCGACAAGCUGCCUGUCCGCAAGGUCAAUGGCGUCGGUCGAGUACUUGAGCGUGAACUCGAUGCCAUCGGAAUCAAGACCUGUGGGGACAUUCAUCAACAUCGUGCCUACUUGAAUCGGCUGUUCGGCGAGAAAACAUACCAGUUCCUUCUACAAACUUCCCUGGGACUUGGUCGAACCGAUAUACACCCUGCCGAUGACUACGAGCGAAAGAGCGUCGGCACUGAAUCCACUUUUCGUGAUAUAUGGUCAAAGGAGGACCUCAGAGCCAAGUUACGGCACACUGCAGAAGAGCUGGAGAAGGAUAUGGCUCGAGUAGAGGUCAAAGGUAGGACGCUUUGCCUCAAAAUCAAGCUUCACACAUACGAAGUCUUCACGCGCCAGGUCUGUCCGCCAAAGGCAGUCAGCCUGGCUGACGAUCUCUACGAUUUCUCCUUGCCCAUGCUCGCCAAGCUCGAGAAGGAAUUUCCUGGUAUGAGGCUUCGUCUAUUGGGACUACGGUGCACACAUCUCAUCAGCACCAAGAAGGACAAUGGCAACUUCUUCAAGCCGAGAUCAGCUAAGCCGGGCUUGCAGUCUGAGAGGACGACCGACAGUAGCGAGGAGUGGGAAGUGUGGCCUGACGAAGAAUUCGAAGCGGCCGCACGGGCGGAAAGGCAGGAGGAGAUGGAAGAGCUCGAGCGUCUCAGCCAGGAGCAUGAGAGGAACGGGGAAAGUGGCGCAGACUGGCACGAGCCGUUCGGUCGAUACAAGUUCAACAGUGCACCUCCCACACCCGACAAAGCAGCCGCGACGCAGCAGCAGGUGGACCAAGAAGAAACGUGGGACUGCCCGAUCUGCGCUGUGCCUCAGCCUGCUGAUGAUCGGAAUUUCAACGCCCACAUUGACCUGUGCCUGUCACGCCAAACGAUCAGAGAAGCCGUUGCUCAGACGCAGACCGUGCCUGUCGUUGUACCGCAGGGGGACUCGCAGAGAUCCAGAACAAAUACUCCCGAGGUGCCAAAUCGUCCUCGGUCUGCCAACAGCAAGCGCAAGGGCGUGCCUGGGCCUUCUGGACUGGAAGCGGUCAGCAAGCAGCGAAAGCUUUUCUUCGCCUGA